UAGUCAUCCAAACGCUUUGUUUGACAAUCGUCAACGUGACUGAGACUCGAUGUACACCGUUGGUAUCGCAUAUUUGGAUACUAUCUAUGAUCUAUAAAUGGCGGCUUCCAGGGUGAGAAAAAAACCAAAGAUGAUUGUAUUUGAUUUAGAUUACACAUUGUGGCCAUUCUGGGUUGACACACAUGUGGAUCCACCAUUCCAAAAGCGCAAAUCGGGCGAGGUAGUAGAUAGACAUGGACGUUUAGUGAAACAUCACAGGGAUGUUCCGAAAAUCCUCGAAAGACUGAAAUCAGAGGGAUAUAUUUUAGCGGUGGCAUCUAGGACAUCAUGCACGAAAGAAGCCAAUAGCCUGAUCGCUCUGUUUGACUGGGACAAAUAUUUCACAUACAAGGAAAUCUACCCUGGUUGUAAAAUCACACACUUUAACAAAUUCAAGUCAUACAGUGGCAUAGAUUUUGAAGAUAUGCUGUUUUUUGAUGAUGAAUACAGAAAUAUAAAAGAUCUUUCAAACGUUGGGGUUACAUGCUACUACGUAGAUGAAAAUGUUGGAGUCACAGAGAGUGUCAUAGCAGAAGGGUUUCAGCAGUUUGAUGAUGGAAUAAAGAAGAAGUCUUGACCGUAGUUUUUUAAUACUUACAAUUAGUGUUUAAUAGAACCUUUUGUUAUUGUUUACUUUAAAUGAGCUGUGCUCUGAGAAUAGAGGGGCUUAAUGCUUUAACGUAAAGUGUUCUCCUAGAUAAGCCUGUGCAGUCAACUAGAAUACAAUUUUACAUUUUCUAUUUUAUUCUGAAUACAAAAUCCUUAGAAGCGGUUAGUAACGUCCCUGAUUAACCUGUGUGGACUACACAGGCUAAUGUGUUAUGACAACACUUUACGUACAUGCAUUAAGCCCAGUUUUCCCAUAAUGAGACUUGUAUAAUGUUGAGUCAAUUGUUGACACCUGAAGAUGUUAGAGAUGCUGAGUCUGUAAUAUAUAAGUAUUGUUUUGCAAAUAAAAGCAUACUUAUAUGGAAUUGUAUAUUUUUAUAAAAACUUGUUGUGAAAUAUUUAUUUUUGUAAAAAAAUUAUGACAGAGUUAAUACUCUUUGUGAAAUAUUUGUAAUUGUUAAACAGUCAAUGACAGAGUAAAUGCUCUUAUUAAAACAUUUGUAAUUGUAACACAUUCAAAGACAUUGUUUAUGCUACUACUGAUUUUUUUAUUAUAACACAUUCAAUGACAGAUAAAAUAGAUACAUUUAGAUACAUUUUAUCUACCAGUAUGAUAUUCGGUCACUUCCCUAAUACAAGGUGUUUUUAUCUCUGACUUUCGACAUCAUAUUCAACUUUGUUACAAGUCAAUUGAGGUGAUUUACACUAUAUCAAUGGUCAAGUGUGACUCCAUUGUAUCUGCAUAUUAUAAAUACUAUUGUUUCAAGCUGAGUUUUUGAUAUCAGGUCAGUGCACCAUGCUUGUGAAAAAAAUCAGGUGAUGCUUAGAAUAAAAAAGUCCACACUGGCUUAUCAUUGACGACAGCUUUUGUGAUAUUUUUCGUUUCAAGAAAGUCUCUUCUUAGCAAUUAUCAAAUUUAGACAUAUAGUGUUGUCCCUGAUUAGCCUGUGCGGAAUGCACAAGCUAAUCUGGGACGACACAUUACGCACAUGCAUUAAACCCCCUUUUCCCAGAGCACGGCCCAUAUUUAUGACAUAAGCAACAUUAAUGGCCUGUACAUGUUCAAACUCUGAAGUGUUUUUCUUGGCUCUAAGUCUAUUCUUUAAUCUUAAGUCUGAGAAUGAGUUAUUAAUAACCGGCCAGUUCUGAACAACUGAUUUAUGUAAUUUAAGUAUGUGUCUCAUUUUUGAUCAUGCUGUGAUAUUUAAGUUUGUAAGGUCUUACAAGAGACUUUUGCUAGAAGCUUGUAAAUACUUGUACUAAAUUCAAUUAUAGUUAAAUUAAAAUCUAAGUCAAAACACAA